CGAGAAAGCCGCCAAGCUCACAUUGCAGGCAGGCUCGGACGAGACGAAAGCCAUCGGCACGAGCUCAGCGCCGUUGGCAUGGCUCGUCUGACCGCGCUGCUGACACUGGUAACGUCGCUGCUCGCGUGCUCCAACUGCGACUCAAGCAGCCCCUCGUUCACCGUCGACUAUGCCAACAACCAGUUCCUCAAGGACGGCCAGCCCUUCCGCUACAUUUCGGGUUCCCUGCACUACUUCCGCGUCCCCAGGGCGUACUGGCAGGACCGCAUGGAAAAGAUGAGACUCGCUGGCCUCAACGCGCUUCAAACGUACGUGGAAUGGAGCGGCCACGAACCGGAACCCGGAAAGUUCAACUUCGAGGGCGACUACGACCUGAAAGCUUUCUUGGACACUGCGAAAAAAGUCGGGUUGUUCGUGAUCUUCAGACCGGGCCCGUACAUAUGUGCCGAAAGGGAUAACGGUGGCUUGCCCUACUGGCUCCUGAGGUUGAACCCGAACAUGAAGUACAGGUCGUCGGACCCUUCCUACCUCUCCCGCGUGGACAAGUUCUUCAGCGUUCUGUUGCCGAUGGUCGAACCGUACCUCUACAGGAACGGUGGUCCCAUCAUCACCGUGCAGGUGGAAAACGAGUACGGCAGUUACAUUUAUUGCGACAAGGCUUACAUGCGACACUUGGUCAACGUUACCCAACGCUACCUCGGGCAAGACGUCGUUCUUUUUAGGACUGACGGUGUGAGCGACGCCAUCUACAGGUGCGACAGCGUCGAAGGACCGCUAGUGACAGCUGAUUUCGGCUCGAACGUGAACGUGGACGUAAUGUUCGAAAUCGUCAGGAGGGCCAUGAAGCGAGGUCCGCUCGUGGUCACGGAGUACUAUCCCGGAUGGUUAGACCACUGGGGUAGCCCUCACGCCAAAGUCGACCAGGGGCUCGUGAUGAAGACCUUCGAGAAGAUCCUGCAGUACAACGCGUCGGUCAAUUUCUACAUGUUUCACGGAGGAACCAACUUCGGAUUCAUGAACGGCGCCAAUCCGCCCCCGCAGCCGACGAGCUACGACUACGGAGCGCCUCUGACCGAAGCCGGCGAUCCCAACGACACCUACUUCAAGAUACGGGAAGUUGUCGGUCGCUACCUGCCACUUCCGAACGGAACGCUUCCCGUUCCGGCUCCCAAGUUGAAGCUGGGCGCCGUGAACCUGGACUCUUGCGCACCGCUUGACGCUAUCCGUGAUUUCUUGCGCCAACAUGGGUACGUCACACCCGUCGUGUCUCACCGACCACUGACGUUUGAAGAGCUCGGUCACGCGUACGGUUACGCUGUGUACACGACACAGGUUUCAUUUCGGCCGGCAAGCCCCGCCGACUUGGCUGUUCCGGGCAUUAAGAACAGGGGAUACGUGCUCACUGCACAGACGCGGACGGUGGUGAGCACAGAUCAGCUCGUGUACAGCGCACCCGUGGUGGUGCGGCGUGGCGAGAACAUCACCAUUCUCGUCGAAAACACAGGCAGGAUCAAUUACGGAGCCGGGAAUCACGACAUGAAGGGAAUCAUCUCCAACGUCACCCUGGACAACCACGUGCUCUCUGGCUGGACCAUGGAGCCGCUGCCGAUGGACAAUUCCAGUGUGUUGACACAUCUGACAGAGGCAUUGGAUAUUUCGAACGUAGUGCCACGAUGUUCUCAACCUUCCGAGUGUUACGGCAACUUGCCGCACGUAGGGCCCCAGUGCUCGGCUCCCGCUGCGUUCUUCGGGACAUUCAUGCUGCCCGAAGGUCAGAAGCCAUUGGACACCUUCCUAGACCCGACGGGUUGGGGUAAAGGCGUGGCCAUUGUCAACGGCUUCAAUUUGGGUCGGUACUGGCCCAGCAUCGGCCCACAGGUGACCCUGUACGUUCCCGGAGUGCUGCUCCGUCCACAUCCGGAGACGAACACCAUCCUGCUCUUCGAGACCGAGUCCGCGCCGGCAGGCAACAGGACCGUCAGUUUCGUGGACGUGCCAAACAUCGACGGCCCCGUGCCGGGCUACACAGGGCGCUUGGGAGCCUAGCUCUGCACGUGCGGCGGUUUGCACGUGCAAGCACGGAUAUAUGGGCUUCGAAAUUUUAAACGAAAGACGACCAUGCUCGCACGAACAAGUGCUUCGCAUCGUAGGAGCCAGGCUAAGGAAAGGCACAGACUCUGUCCAGAAGUAUUGAAGUCACUUCACGCAAUACCGUACAUGCCGUGGGCCGGCACAGUGGGAUCUCGGCAAAGCCUUCAUUAACUUAAACCCAAAGAAACUGAGAAAGGUGCCCUAAUUUGCCGUAAGGAUCCCGCGGCUGUUGCAGCCAGAAAAACACAUUUUGUAAUUUUGUUUAUUUUGGGUUCCCGGACGUAUGAAGAAGCUCAUCGGCAGGUUUGUUUGAAAUCUAUGCCGCAGAAAACAAUGGAAAUGCCUCCUCUCCUCAUGACGGUGGCUUGCACUCAUCGUCGAGAACACCCAAGAAACAAAAGACGGAGUGAAUGCCCACGUUAGAAAGUUCGUGUUUCACGCGUUUCAAUCAUGAGAGGUCUUGCAGCGAAAAUACACGAGGCCGCAAAGUAAGAACCAAAAAUGGAAAGGCAUGAUUUGGCUGCGAAGCCCUUGUCUGCAAGUGCAUGCAAGGUCGCAGGACUGCUCUAAAGCCGAAAAAUAAAAGCGAUGACUUGAAACGAUUGCCGCAGAGCAGGUAGGAAUUGAAGAGGAGGGUCGAGCAUAUGGUUCGGGGCACUCUGAUGACUUAUUUUUGGCGUGAAAAUAAAAAUGCGUGUUCAGAAA